CGGUGGGUGUGUCCAGUUGUUGCUCAUGUGUUGGUGACGCAUUAAUACUAAUAAACUGUUGAUACGCGAAAUAAAAUCAUUUGUGAAUUCUGUUGGGGGUUAUCAGAAGUAAUCCGAAUAUUGAGUGUGGAAGACCUGUUGCUGCAUAAUGACAAAGUUACGGUAUUUUUACGACCUCUUAUCACAACCGAGCCGGGUGUUGUACAUCUUUUUGGAAAACACGAAGAUCCCCUACGAACGUUGUCUUGUAAAUUUGGGGAAAGGUGAACACCUUACCGAUCAAUUCAAGACGAUCAAUCGCUUCCAGAAAGUGCCCUGCAUUGUGGACAAAAACGGACUUCAACUGGCGGAAAGUAUUGCCAUUGUGCGAUAUUUGGCCCAGGAGUAUCGCUUCCCGGAUCACUGGUAUCCGGCCGACAGUCAGAAGCGAGCGCGCAUUGAUGAGUAUCUGGAGUGGCAGCAUCACAACACUCGGGCCGUCUGUGCCACCUACUUUCAGUACAUGUGGCUGCGGCCGCGGCUAACGGGCUCCGAGGUGAACCCGGAACGGGCGGAAGAAUUCAAGGCAAAAAUGGAGGACUGCCUGGAUUUCAUCGAGAAAGAUUAUCUGGGCGGUGCUAAUCGGUUUCUGGUGGGCGAUGAGAUCUCCGUGGCGGACUUGUUUGCGGCAUGUGAGAUUGAGCAACCAAAAAUAGCAGGCUUUGAUCCAUGUGCAGGAAGGCCAAAAAUGACAGCUUGGAUGACGCGUGUCAGGGAGGCAACUAAUCCAUACUACGAUGAAGCACAUAAAUUGUUGUACAAAAUAACACCGGAUAGUGUACCGAAGCCGAAGUUGUAAAAUUGGCGAAUUGGUCAUUAGUGAAUUGGGUCUGAUAUUGGGGAAUAUCGCUUUUCUUUAAAAUCACUGUGUAGAGCAUUUAUAUCGCAUAAAAUCUUUUUAUACUUCCUAAAUAAAAUUCAAUAUGUCCUGUAUAAAGUAUGGAUAAUUGUUGUGUAACGGAUAUUGACAAAUAGGACAAAUGGUGGUUCGGAAAUGA